UGUCACCUGUAGUGAGUAAACCUGUGUUUAACUUGACAGCGGCUCAUCUGGGAGCGAAACGUCUCCAACAGUCCGCACCGAGGAGUGAGCAGAAGUCGUCCGGCUGCCGUUGAGCUGAGCUGCUGAAGGCGUUAAUGUCGGCGUGAGAGUUUGUCGGAUUUAUUAGUUUGUCCGGAGACGCUCGACUUCACUUCAACAACAGAUAAGAGACACGUUUCAGACACAGAAGCUUAUUCCUCAGCGCCGAUGUAAAGCAGCACAAGGUCAAAGGCUAAAGACUGCGUUUCUCCUGCCCACAUCUGAAGCCAAGAGCCAUUAAACAGGUACAUAUGGGGCAGGGGGAGGUUUCAGCCAGAGGCUCAGCCAUGGAGGGAGACUGCCUCAGCUGUAUGAAGUACCUGAUGUUCAUCUUCAACUUCUUCAUCUUUCUGGGUGGUUCCUUUCUGCUGGGUGUUGGUGUGUGGGUGCUAGUGGACCCGAUGGGCUUCAGGGAGAUUGUGGCGGCCAACCCGCUGCUGUUCACGGGGGUCUACGUCAUCCUGGCCAUGGGCAGCAUGCUGUUCCUGCUGGGCUUCCUGGGCUGCUGUGGAGCCAUCAGGGAGAACAAAUGUCUCCUGCUCUUUUUUUUCAUGCUCAUCCUCUUCAUCUUCCUCGCUGAGCUGGCAGCCGCCAUCCUGGCCUUCCUCUUCAGGGAGCAUUUAACCAGAGAGUAUUUCACCAGGGAGCUGAAACGUCACUAUCAGGGUCACAACAACACUGACGUCUUCACCUCCACGUGGAACGCCAUCAUGACCACGUUCAACUGCUGUGGCGUAAGUGGUCCCGAGGACUUCGAAGAGAGCCUCUUCAGGCUCCUGAACCCCAGCAAGAUGGUCCCUGAGGCCUGUUGCCAGAGGAACAGUUACCCUGGAGACGCCAGUGUGGAGCAGUGUGUGAGCGGCACCGUGGCCUUCAGGCACAACAAGGGCUGUUACUCAGCAAUGGUCGACUACUUUGAGACGUACAUCUACACAGCAGGAGCUCUGGCCAUCGUGGUGCUGACAAUUGAACUGUUCGCCAUGGUGUUCGCCAUGUGUUUAUUCAGAGGUAUCCAGUAACGGCCACGUGCACCACUAUCGCCAUCAUCAUCAGCCGUUUAAAAGGCACAAGCAGAAGGAAAACAAAACUGUAAAAUAUGAAAUGUAUUUGUACAGUGAUAGUUUAUGUGUCUCAUUGGUUUUGUGGCAUCAUUUUGUACUUCACAGCGGCAGCAGGUGCUGCUUCGGGCACAAUAGACACACACAGGAGGUAAUCUGUGACCUGAGGCUGAGGUGUGGCACUGUCCGCAGUGUUUACUAAAGGGUUAACACCGGUGAGUCCAGGUUCUACAAGCUAAACACAGAAGUCACUUCAGUCCAGGACUAGUCUGUGUCCAGGAAGCUGGAAACACACCACACAGUUAACACCCUGAUUUAUGUCCUGGAUUUCACCACGAUGAUUGAUUCUCAGGAUCCAGGACAGUCUGCACAGUUCUGCACAAAACGGUUCAGGCACCAUGGACAGCCAGCACAUAUUAUACUGCAGUGAGCCUCACAACACUCAGAGCUGUCAGGGUCACAUGAAAAAUGUUUGUUUUUUACAGCUGGAAUCUGGAGAAUGUGAAGGUGAUCGUGUAGUUUGAGGUGAUCAGCAAUGGAAACCAGAACACAGAACAUCGGGCCUCACGCAAGAACGCAUUUUCCUCUUCUCGUAAACAUGAACUCAUGAUGUUUCUCAUGUUCCCAGUCAGAUUCGCCAAAUUAUUUUAACUGCACAAACUGAUUGGAAAUUCCUCGUUUUAAAUCUGAUGCACGCCGCCAUCCACGUACAGGGGUGCAUUUAUUAGAUUUGAUAAAUUAACACCUGUGGAAUUACUAUAACAUGAUUAAUGACGGAAACAAAAGGACGUCUUGCUACAGUAACAGUCUUAGAUGGGAAGUGAAGAGAUGUGUCAGUCAUUUUACAGAUGACGGAGCGUCAGGGCCACUCGUAAUAAGGAGCUUAUUAGUGAAACGGUUUGCCCAUCACUUGCUUGACACAUACGCUUUGACUUAUUUAUGUAUUAGUUAUAAAAUCUCAACUUUUCUCUCUAAAUAUUGGGACUUCUUUCUUGAAAUAUUCAAGAAAUACUGACUUUUUUGUCAAGAGAUUAGAUUCUUCUUCUUCUUCUCUAUUUUUCUCUUUUUCUCCAACACGUUUGACUUUAUUAAAGUCAAACGUUGUUAUAAUAUUUAUCUUACAACAUUAUUCUGGAGGAAUUCAGAUAUUACAAUUUUUUUUUUUUCAAAUUACUACGACUAUAUUCCUGUAAUUUUUUUUUUCUGUAAUUCUAAAAUAUUACACUUUUUUUCCCUCUUAUUGCCAAAAUAUGCCAGUCUUACACUGGCAAACCUUGUUGCACAUUGAUACAGUAACAGAAUAUUUUUUAUUUAUUUUUAUUUUUAAUUUUAGUUUUUUUUUUUACAAUAACAUUUAAAAUUCUUCAAACAAGUGUUUUCUCCUGAAUUUAGUUAUUAUGUAAGAGAAAAUUUUAGUUAAGAGAGAGAAACCAUUCCUACAUGUGGUUCUUGCAGGAGGCUUGUUGUCUACAAAACAAGUCACGAGUCAUCAAACAUGAUGCAGAGUCACAGCAGUUAGGUUUUUAAAAAAAAAAACUGUAUGUUUACAAGAGCUUGUACCUUCACGUACGGCUCCGUGGGACGUGUUAAAAUAAGUGAAGUAGUGUUUAAGUUUGUCAUGGAGCAGCUGUAAAUUAGUGCAUCUUCACAACAUGUGUGAGUGUGUGAGAGUACAUGUAUGUAUGUAUAUAAUCCUCAGUAGGACUGUGCCAGUGUACAGUGUGUGUUUUUCCUCUUUGUGCAAAGUGUAAUAAUAUUCAUUUUGUCAGUGGUUAUAAGAUUGAAAUUGACCUAAAAUAACAUGUUUUUGUGUGCGUUUGAAAACUAUUGGUUUGUAUAAAUGGCACUGAUCAACAUUAAACUGAUUGCUGUGAA